AUCAUUCUGCACAAACAUAUUGCCCACUCCAAGAACGAACAACAACGACACCCACAAUACCGUCGGUUUCAAGCUGAUACACGUGCACGCCGGUCGAUUGGAGAGAAAAUUAUCACCGAGGUUGUUUCAGACGGGCAUAUUGUAACCCCAGAGCAAGAUGGGAGAUACGGCAGAAGCAAAUCCAACAACAACAUCAACAAAUGACAGUCGUCCUCCAGCCCUAGACAUGCCAGACAUGAACUGCGAGGCAGUGAUGGUGAUGCAGACAUGCAUGAGUGAUAAUAUUAAAGAGAGUGGAAGUUUACAGCAAGAAGAGAAUAAUAAAGCUGAACUUGUAGAUGAAGAGGGAUCAGGGACAGGAGAGGAUGAAGAAAUCAUGGAAAAUGAGGAAAACAGAAAAAAGACAAAGCGGAAAAGAAGACGUAGACAUAGACAUAGGAACUCGUCAAAGGGAAGUGCGGCCAGCCAGCCUGAGGUUUUAGAUGCAUUCGCAGGACUUCUUGAUGAAUCUCAGUACUUCUCUGAUGAGCCAGCAGCAUCUCAGCAGGAAGAUCCAGUGCCUCAGCAGCAGACUAAAAGAGAACGGCCCCAGUCGGCCAAAGGCAGGACCCAGACGCAGUACCUGUGUGGACAGCAAACUGGCGACAGAGAAGGGAGGCAGAAAACAGGGGGGAGGCCACCUCGUGACAACCAGCCUACGUCGUCCAAGGGGCAGGGUCAUGAGGCACAGCAGAUGGGACCACAGAACCCCGGCCGCACACCCAAGGGCAAACCCACACCCCACACUCCAGAUAACGGACCUAAGCAAGAAAGACCAAACUCAGCCAAGGGCAGGGUCCAGACGCAGUCCCCAUGUAGACAGCAGACGGGAGGGGGAUCGCUUGGUGAAAUCCAGUCUGUGCCAUCCAAGAGGCUCGGUCACAAGGCAGAGCAGAAAGGACCACAAAACCCUGUCCAGACAUCUAAGGGCAAACCCACAGCCCAGACCCUGAAUAAUGGCCCCAGACGGGAAAGACCGAACUCAGCUAAAGGGAGGCUAAACAGCCAUUCGAGUCCGCCAGUCCAACGAGAAACUCCUCAAACGCCCACAGACAAUAAGUCCAAAGGUUUUGGUUCUCCAAGUUCCUCCAAGAGGAACAAAAAACAAACUGAGUCUCCCAGGAACCAGAACUUCUCACAUGGUAAAAACAGGGCUGAACCUCAAACACCCCAAAAUGUGCCGAACGGAAAUGUCCAAACACCCACCAAGGCUCACCUUGGGGGUCAAAGCACACCAGGGUCCGGGGUGGGAGGGAAGAAACCCAAGACUCCCAGAUCAAAAAAGAAGAAUGCCGCUGGAACUCCGACUGGAAAGAAGGACUUCAAGCCAUUUGAGGACUAUCUCUCACCGGAGGAGGUCUCUGCCGGGCUGAAGAGGAAGCAUCUUCUGCAGGGAACCCUACGGAUCAACCCCAAGAACUUUGAGGAAAGCUACAUCGAUUCCGAGGAUGGUGGGGCAGAUAUCAUGAUAUGUGGCAUAUCAGCCCGCAACAGAGCCCUGGAGGGAGAUGUGGUCGCAGUGGAGUUACUAGAGAAGUCAACUUGGAAGCUUCUGGAAGAAGAUUAUGCCUCACACAGGAGGAAACAGCGACAGAAGGCCCAACUUGCCGCGGCUUCAAAAGCGGAGACAGGAAUUGCCAACACGACCACGGAAGCUGAAAAGGGGCUAGUGGAUCAAUUCCAAACCCUCGACAUCAGUGAGAGGUUGGGUAAUCAGCCUUCCGACGGUGCAAUAGACCGAGAUGCUGCUGACACCACCACCACAGCUGCAAAAUCUGGCCACGACAAUGCAAUCUUUCGCGUGAGGGGCAAACCCAGGCCCUCGGCUGCCCCCGACACGACUAGCAGUGUCUCCGACCACACCAUCGUCAUCAACAAUUCCAGUCUCCAAGACCCCGAGCCUGGUUGCCUGGGGGAGGAGAUAGACCAAGUCGUGAAGAGACUCUUCCCAGACAGCAGCGACGAGGAUCGUGCAGGCGAAGCGAGCAGCGAAAAUAAAGAGACGGAAAAAGGGAGAGAGGAGAUACCCCGGAAGUUCUUCCAGAAGCACGGCAAGGUCGUCUACAUUCUCGAGAGGCGGCACUCAAGGGCUUGUAGUGGUAUUCUGAAACCACGCAGCCACAGCAAUGCAACGGAUGCCCUCUUUUCUCCCACUGACCAUCGGAUGCCCAGGAUCUACAUACCUCUGGCCGAAUGCCCCCAGGGUUUUCUGGAGCGGCCGGGCGACUUCCGGACGACUCUGUUUAUCGCAAGGCUCGAGGAGUGGCCCAAGACAUCAGCCAUUGCCAGAGGUCACCUCUACCGCAGUCUAGGUGAGGCGGGGGAGAUCGAACCAGAGACAGAAGGCAUGCUGAUAGAGCAUGGGGUGGACUACUCGGACUUCUCCUAUGAGGUUAUCAAAUGCCUUCCCAAGAGCCUGCCCUGGACAAUUCCCCAGGAGGAAAUAGAACAACGCAGGGACUUCCGCCCCAAGUGUGUCUUCACCAUCGACCCUGCCACGGCGCGAGACCUCGACGAUGCCCUGUCAUGCGAACCCCUCGGAGAUGGGUUGUAUGAAGUGGGCGUGCACAUAGCCGAUGUCAGCUUCUUUGUGGACGAAGGCAAUGCACUCGACGAAGUCGCCGGUUUGCGGGCUACUAGUGUUUACUUGGUGCAAAAGGUGAUUCCAAUGUUGCCACGGUUACUGUGUGAGCACCUGUGCAGCCUGAACCCAAACGAGGACAAGUUGACCUUUUCGUUUCUAUGGAGACUCACUGAGCAGGGAGAGAUUCUGGAUGAGUGGUGCGGCCGUUCUGUCAUCCGCUCCUGCGUCAAGAUGAGUUACGACCACGCCCAGGGCAUCAUCGCCGAGCCGGAGCGAGAGAGGGGGGAGGAGGAGAUGCCGCCCAUCGCCAACGGCUUCAGCAUCUCAGACGUUGCCCAAGGAGUCCUCCGCUUGAAUAAGAUUGCACAGAAUUUGCGUCAGAAGCGAUUAGAUGACGGCGCCCUGCGACUGGACCAGGUGAAACUCCAGUUUGCCCUAGACAAGGAGUCGGGAUUGCCAUCUGGCUACUCCGUCUACGAACGGCGAGAUAGCAACAAACUGGUAGAAGAGUUCAUGCUCCUGGCCAACAUGGCGGCUGCCCACCGCGUCCACGACUACUGCAAGGACACCGCCCUCCUGAGGCGUCACCCGCCGCCCAAGGCCAAGAUGAUGGAUGACCUGGCCGACACGUGCUCGGCGCUGGGGCUGGAGGUGGACGGCAGCAACUCCAAGACCAUACAGGAGUCGCUGGGCCGCUAUCUGGGACCUCGGGAGGACAAGCGGGCCUGGGGGAUGGGGCAGAUCCUGACGGUGCUCUACUCCAAGCCAAUGCAGAAAGCCAAAUAUUUCUGCGCAGGCACCUUGGAAGAUGAGACCUUGUAUCGCCACUAUGCCCUCAAUGUACCGUUGUAUACCCAUUUCACGUCUCCGAUCAGACGAUACGCUGACAUCUUGGUCCACAGGCAACUUGCUGCGUCUCUCAACAUUGGCCCCGUCUCUGAGAGGACCACGAGGGCCAUCCAGGACCAGGCGAUGAUAUGCAACAAGCGCAAGGAUGCAGCCAAGAGAGUGUCGGACUUGAGCAGCGACAUGUUCUUCGCCAUAUUUGUCCGGGAGUGUGGCCCCCUGGAAGAGGAUGCCAUGGUGAUGCAAGUUAUGGACAGAGCUUUUGAUGUCCUGGUGAUAAAUUUAGGAGUGACAAAGAGAGUGUACUGCAAUGCACUACCCCUCAAAAGUUUCAAAUGUCAGAAACAAGGGAAGACAGGCAAGUUGACUAUCACUUGGGAAGCAGAUGAGCAUCACCCCAUCGAACAGACACAGAUCUUAGAGCUCUUCUCAUUGGUCAGAGUGGAGCUCAAGGCAGGCAAUGAGCCACUCAAGUUCACUGCCACAGUGAAACGACCGGAGGUGGACUGAUGCACAUCUAAUCUUUCCUUAAGAUGUGCAGUCUGGUGCCUUCAGGCCAACCAGUUGGUCUACCUAGCUAGAGACACGCAUCUCGCUCAUACAGGCCUUAAGCCUUGAGCCCAAAGCCUGAAUAUAUAAAAAAAGCCUCAGGAGCUGAAGAGGACUCGUCACUGUGUGGCGCCUCCAUACAAUUACACUUCAGCCAUUUGCCCCGUUCUCGCCCCACCCAUCCCCGUCACCCAAAUGUACCCUCACUGAAGCUUUUGGCAUAAGUCAACUCUUACGUCAUGUCAGGUACGCCUUUUAAAAUCCCAAAGACAAUCAGUUUGGUUUUUUUUAAUCAGUACCUGUCACCAAGCGCAACACCUUUGUUUAAAACUAUUCAGUAUUACCUGAUCAGCAGCCAGGUUUCUGAGUCAAUGCAAGAUAUGUUUACCUAAGAUGGGUUAUUACUUUUUUCAUCUUGCCUGAUAUUUUACUGGGGUUGUGUAUAAAACUUAUUUGUUUGUCAUAUUUGAAAGGAUAAAGUUAGUUAAGGAAUGCAGCUACAGCAGUGUUUCAAAGAAUGUAAUCCCCCCGUCAAAAAAUGAAAGUCCCAGUUUAUGUCACACUAUGUUUCGAUUUCUAAUGCUCACAGAAAGUUGUGGUUUUAAGGAAUUUUUUAUGGAGAAAAGGAGAAUUUUUUUUCUCACUUCUGCUGUGCAGAGGGUUUUUAAGAUAUUUUAGAAUUAGCUUGGAAAUAUGUACAUUUUGAUUUGUUUCAUAAGAUUCUGUUUCGAAAUUGGGGCUCUGAGAAAUGACAGGGCUUUUAAGGCAUGUCCUUGUUUAUGUGGGGAAGGUUGGGGUUUUUUUUACCCCGGAGUCUGGAAAUGUUGAUUCGAUGCAAGUGUCUCAAUUCAGAAACUGUGGCGAACUCCAGAUUCUUCGAUUCAAGUAGGGGGAAAAUAUCUGGCGCACCAGAAAAUUCCUCCUGCAAUCAGUGGGAUAUCCAGGUUUUGGAUCUGGACGGGGAAGAGGUGGGGGGAAGUGGAUUUUUGGAAAAUGGUAGUCCACUUUUUUCUCAUUCUGGAAAGGAUCCUUACCCCCACCCUUCAAAAAAAAAUUUGGUUGUACGGUUUCGAAAGUUUAAGCACUUUGAAUUCCUUUUGAAAACAUUUAAUGCCAGCGUGUUGAGGUGGGGACAAUAUUGCCCCGCCCCCCUCCACGCGAUACCCCACUGCCUGCAGUUUAUGAAGCUAAAAAGGUCAGCGAGAAAGUUUAGCAAGGUGUAUGAAUUCGGGUUGAGCAUUCAGAGAACCAUUUUCACGACAGAACCGGACGAUCUAGAUCAGUGGUUGUAUGGUCAAAAUUUCCUAGUUAUUGUGAAGUGAAGCGAUUUUUUUUCUUUCGGAAAUGUGAACCUGUCUUUGUAGUGUUAAUGGUAUAAAGGAACUCGAUGAAUGCGGAUGACAGGUUUGGUUUUAGUUUUUCCUCGUUUUUAAUUGAUAACAGUAAGUAAAAAAAAAUCAGACACAUUGAUGGUCUAAACUUAACUUUGAUUUGUUAGUUGAUCACUGUCGAACCGAAUGAAUUUUCUUAUGAAGUUCUGCCACAUGUACACAAAUAAAGCUUUGUUAAAAAUAUAUUAUAUGGUCAAGAUGUUUUAAACAUGGUUUUUAGCAAUGAAUGACUGACAUUCUAUCCAAGCGUAAUUCCGACUUAUCCGACCGAAGGCCUUGCUGUUAUGUUAAUUACAUCAUGUUUCAUUGGGGUUUUUUUAGUCGUGGCGAAAGACAUGUUAUUUCCAAUGAAUUGAAACUUCAAUAUUUUUUAGGCUUUCCACGGAGAAGAGAAAGCGGCUGACAUUCGAAUGAAAUUCUGAUCAGCUCUUCACAGAUGUCAGUUCAAAGACCAUGUCCGACUAACCAAAAUGGGAGUCAAUUUCAUGAAGCUGAUUAGCGCAGGAACUUCCGCGUUUGUAAGCAAAGACAUUUUUGCUUAUCCGAAGCAGGCAAUUCAGAAUUUCCUGUGACUUGAUUUUACAGCUCCUUGAAAUGAACCAAUUCGGUAUUCCAAAAACGUAUGCGCCGCCUCGCAUGAGUGUGUUGUUCUCGAGUGACUUUGCCUAUUUGUGGAAAUACCGAACUGGCUGAUUUGGCCCAAGAUUUUGAGCUUGACAAAAAUGUCGUUUAUAGACCCUCAAAAACUAUCAGGGUGCGGUUUUCACCGAAGUUUUUUUGUGCGACGAGAAUUUUCCGCCAUGAGCUUAAUUCACCAAAUCAUGUCCACUCUGUCUUAAAAGUUCAACAGGGAUAUUCUGUACACUAGCAACAUUUAAACUUGGUCCUUUUUUCUCGAAAUAAACUCCCCCAGUCUUGAAACUUAU